AAAAUACAGUGACAGGAAUGACAUUGACAGUUCUCAAUUUGUAGCUGUCGCUGAAUUCCACUUGCUACUAUUUAUUUAUUAUUAAAACCAUUGAAUAACAUCUGAAAAUGGUUCAAGCGUGGUAUAUGGACGAAGAAAAAACCGAUCAGCGUUUGGAGCACCAUAAGAAUCCGCCAGAGUAUGUUUCUCUCGAGGAUUUGUUCAAGAAAACCGGCGUCGAAUAUUUCAAACUGAACGUAGACACAUACACCACUGACGGAGUACUGGACAAUCUGAAGAAGGAGCGAGGCUACACGUAUGAGGAUGAGAUGACCUGCUCCAAGGAGUGCUUGCCCAACUAUGAGGAGAAGAUCAAGUCAUUCUUCACUGAGCAUUUGCACACCGAUGAGGAGAUUAGGUUCGUGCUGGCCGGUUCAGGGUACUUCGACGUGCGCGACGCUCAGGACCAGUGGAUACGCAUCGCCGUCAGCGCCGGAGAUAUGAUCGUCAUCCCCAGCGGCAUCUACCAUCGGUUCACGCUUGAUACUAAUAACUUCAUAAAGGCAAAACGCUUCUUCAUUGGGGAACCAGUGUGGCUGCCUUACAACCGGCCGGCGGACGACAUGGACGCUCGCAAACAAUAUGUGGAGAAACUGGAGAAAGGUUUCACUGUCACUGCUUGUUAAACACGAUACGGCGUAGAUAGCAAAUGAGUUAGGUAAAGCCAGCUGGUAAUAGAUAUGUUGCAACCUUUUUGUAAUUACUUUUAUAUUCAAGUUAAGUCACUAUGGAUUGAGUGGGUGUAUUGUAUCAGCUAUUAUAAAUAGAUUCGUAAAAAAAUGUAAUGUACCAUACAUAUAUUAUCAAGCACAGAUUAACGGCCAGUUCUUCUAAAAACCCAUUUGUUUUACUUACAAAUUAUAGUUCUAUAAAGCGCACUGCCUACUCCAUUUGUUAUCUACAUUUCAAAACUUUGUACAGAGGAAAAUGUCAUGAGCAGUUACGAAAAUGAGCCAGUUAUGUUAUUGUAAAGAAAUGAAAAUGAUUAUUCAGAUAGAUCAGUUUUUUGCUUUGCAAAUAACCGGAUAAUUUUUUUGUCUAUUGUUCAACAAUGAAUAAAAAUUUGGUUGCUAUAAAGGUCCUUAAAAUUAGAAAAUACUCAGAGCUAUUUUUAUUAUGUAUAGAUCUAUCUUUCGUAUAGUUAAGUAUGAAAAGAGUUAGUAUGGGUACUAAGCACUCCAUUAGCUUACUCAUCCAUGUUUUGUAAUGUUACGUAAAGUAAGGUGUAAAGAUUGAACAUCCAAACUAAUAUUAUAAAUGCGAAAGUAACUCUGUCUGUCUGUCUGUCUGUCUGUCUGUCUUUCUGUCUGUCUGUCUGUCUUUUCUUCACGCCUAAACUACUGAACCGAUUUGUGUGAAAUUUGGUACAGAUAUAGUUUGAAACUUGAGAAAGGACAUAGGAUAGUUUUUAUUACAAAAAAUAAAAAUAAAAAAUAAAAUUUAUUACGGACAUACAGUGCCAUCUAUUGGUCAAAUGUCGAGAUAGAUGGCGUUCCUAUGCUCCGUAGAUAGAUGGCGUUAAUCGCGCAAUGGUGUCAUUACACGUGUUCGGUUCAUGUUAUUGUUUUAAUUCAUCGGAAAAUCCAUCAGAAAAAUGUAAAUAAACAGUAAAAAGGUGUAAAAAAAUUAAUAUUAAUAAAAUAAAAGUUUUACUACAAAGAAAAUGCUCUAACGGAGUAUAGAUAAUUCGCGAGAUCGGGAACUAUGUGGGUAAAACCAAAAAUCUGCCGGAAGUCACUAUUCCACGCGAACGAAGUCGCGGGCAAAAGCUAGUUGUAAUAUAAAUAAUAAAUGUCUAAAUAGGUAUGUGAAUAUUUGUCUCUAUGAAAUUCUAACACACUUGAAAACGUAAAGUUUGCUCAAACAAAUGUGUAUGAAAAAGAAAAAUAUAAAGGAAAUGAAACUUGAAAAUAGUUUUCUACCAUUUCAUAUAAUGUGAUAUAUAUUUUGUAAUUUUAUACAUAUCCAUAAUAUAUUAAGUUUUAUGUAGGCCUUUGCCGCUGAUUUAUUUGUGUAGUAAUACAAUAUUGUUAUAAAUAUACAUAAUGUGGUUAAAUAAAUUAUAUUUAAAAACAAAAGGUUUUUUUCUA